AUGCCCUACCUAUCCACCUCCCAGGCCUACCUGGAACAGUCCGCGCAGUUAUUACAAGCGUACCCAGACACGACCCGCAUAGUAACAAAAUACAACUUCCCCACAAACCGACGAGGAAACAUACUCCGAGCCUACAAAUCCCAAGUCCGAAAAGACGCCGCCAAAGCCACCGAUGCUCCAUCCACCACACCCGCACACCCAUCCACCGCAAUCGCAACUCUCACUCUGAAAACAUUCAACCCAACCACCGGAAUCUGUCUGCACUACCGCACAAACAAGGCACAGGAAGUCGGGCGCCUGAUUACGAGUCUGGGCAAGCUGGCUGCCGGUGCUGAUGUAGCGGGGUUGGGGUUAUCGGCUGCAGUACCUACUGCCGGCGCAGAUGUGGAGAUGGUUGAUGCUCCUGCUGAGGAGGUUGCGACGCCACCGCUUGCUGGUAAGGCGCAGGGUCAGGGUCAGGGACAGAGUGCGAAGGGGAAGAAGAAGGGUGGGAAGGGGAAGCGGUAA